AUGGUGGAGCGGCCGCUGUAUGAGGACGUCUCGUCGAGCUCGAGCUCUAGCUGUGGUGGGUCGAGCUGUGGGUCUUGUUCUGAUGGCGAGGAAGAGGAGGGUGAGGAGGGUAGUGGGGCUGGCGCUGGGAAGAAGGCGGGAAAGAUGAAGACGAAAGAGAAGAACGAGACCGGAAAGACGACCACUGCGAUGAAGCCGUCAUUGAAGCGCCCCCUCGGUCCAGAUGAGGAGAAGAAGGUGGGGAAGAAGCGGAAGAAGGUGAGCUGGGCGAAGGUCGUGAGUGUGAGACAUUAUCCGGAGGACUCGUAUCCGGAUGGGAGGAGGUUUGAGGGGAGGCAUCGGAAGAGAGGCGAUGGGGCGGAGGGGGGAUGGUGGAGGGGGGAGCAGUAG